UGGGAGAAAAAUUUCGGGGUUUGAACUCCGCAGUAGCUCGAGAGGAACCCCAUCAAUUGUGGUUCCGAGAAGGCUCAGAUUGGUCCUUUUGAGAUCCAAAGGCGGAGCUUUUGGAGCAAUGGCGUCUCUCUUCUUCACUUGCCCUCUCCCUGUGCUCAGGGUGCAGUCAAAUCACCAGAAAAACUUUUCUAGGCAAAGUGUUAUUCAACUUAAUGAUUUGAAGCUGCAGAAGUGGUAUGAUAGAGCAGUGACCAAGAGAAGUGCUUCACAAGUUGAUGCAGAAGAUGCCUUGAGCGGCGAAAGUGCUGACAAAGCUUUCAAGAAUCCUCAACAAACUCCUAGACAUAGCAGAAAGAAACUGAGUGCACAGACUUCAGAAGAGAGCACUGAGGUGAUGGCUAGUAGUGUCAACAGGGAAGAAAAAGGUGCUCCAGAGGCACCUGCUGAAAACUCCAACAAGGUUACAAGAAAAGGCAGGAAGAAAGUUACUCCAUUGCCUAGUCCAGAGGCAGAGAGCAAUAAGAAGAAAGCAACAAAGAGAAGGACUAGGAAAAAGGUUGACACCAUGAAGGACCAGAGCAUGAGUGAAAAACUUGAUAAUCUCAAGCCCACAUCCACAAAUAUUCUUGAUAGUAAACAUGAGGAGAUGCAAUUAAUAGAAGAUGAGGGAGAGGACAUUAGUUUUACCUAUAGAUGGCCACCACUAGUUUGUUGUUUUGGAGCAGCACAACAUUUAUUCAUACCUUCUGGAAGACCAGCUAAUAGAUUGAUAGAUCACGAGAUUCAUGAUUCAAAGAAGGAUAUGUUCUGGUCUCCAACUAAAUUUAUUAGAGCACCUGGAGGGCCAUCAUCCAGUGUGGCAGUUGCGCUUGCUAAGAUAGGUGGUCGAGUUGAAUUCAUGGGGAAACUUGGGGAUGAUGAAUAUGGUCAAACCAUGCUCUAUUAUCUAAAUGAAAACAAAGUACAAACUCGAUCGGUAAAGCUUGAUGGUUCAAAGCCAACAGCAGUAUCUCACAUGAAGAUUGCUAAAAGGGGUAGAUUAAGAGUGAGUUGUGUCGAACCCUGUGCUGAAGACAGUUUUUUAAGCUCUGAGAUCAACAUUGAUGUUUUAAAAGAGGCAAAGAUGUUUUAUUUUAAUUCCUCAUCCCUGCUCAAUCAGAGCCUGAGAUCAACAGCAAUGCAAGCUAUCAAGAUUUCCAAGAAAUUAGGAGGGGUCAUAUUUUUUGAUCUGAACCUCCCACUGCCGCUGUGGAAGUCCAGUGAGGAAACCAAGGCAUUCAUCCAGGAAGUAUGGAAUAUCGCUGACAUCAUUGAAGUGACCAAACAGGAACUUGAGUUUCUAUGUGGCAUGGAACCUUCAGAGAAAUUUGAUACCAAGGAUAAUGAUAAAUCAAAAUUCAUCCAUCACAAACCUGAAGUGGUCAUGCAGCUAUGGCAUGAAAAUCUGAAGGUCCUGUUUGUGACAAAUGGAACAUCUAAAAUACACUAUUACACACAGAAGGAUAAUGGAUGGGUUCAUGGAAUGGAAGACCCACCUAUCACACCAUUUACUGGUGACAUGUCAAUAUCAGGCGAUGCCAUCAUUGCAGCGCUCAUAAGAAUGUUGACAGUUCAACCACAUCUGGCUACUGACAAGGGGUACUUGGAGCACAUGAUCAAGUAUGCAAUAAAUUGUGGUGUCAUUGACCAGUGGUUGCAUGCACGAGAGUGUGGUUUCCCUCCUAAAGAAGGGAUGGAUUUCACUGUCAGGUCCAUUACGGAGAGAGAAUAUCGUACGGUUGAAGAACCUGCUGCCUGAUUCGAACAUGUUGGCACCUUUUUGUCCUUUUUUUUUUUUCCUCUGGAUCAACGUCUUCCAGUCCGGCUUAUCAUGGGCAUUUACGAGAGGCUUCACUGGGAUUUUGAAUUUCCUGAGUUGAUAGUAACGGUGGCAGGAACUCAAAAGGAGCUAUACUAACAGCAUGGAGGUACCAUAAGUGUUUGGAAUUCGUGUCAUGAUGUAAAUGUUAACUUAAACAACAACAUGCAUUCUGCAUUAAAUAUGUUCAUCAGCACCUUUUUUUUA